AUGAAGGCCAUCAUCCUCGUCGGCGGCUUCGGCACCCGUCUCCGCCCCCUUACCCUCACUCUCCCCAAGCCCCUUGUCGAGUUUGCCAACAAGCCCAUGAUUCUACACCAGAUCGAGGCUCUGGCCGCCGCAGGCGUCACCGAUGUGGUUCUUGCCGUGAACUACCGUCCCGAGAUCAUGGAGAAGCAUCUUGCCGAGUACGAGGAGCGAUUCGGCAUCAAGAUUACCUUUUCGAUCGAGACCGAGCCUCUCGGCACCGCUGGCCCCCUCAAGCUUGCGGAAGACGUCCUCGCCAAGGAUGAUGCUCCCUUCUUCGUGCUCAACUCGGACGUCAUCUGCGACUACCCCUUUGAGCAGCUUGCCCAGUUUCACAAGAACCACGGAGAGGAGGGCACCAUUGUCGUCACCAAGGUUGAGGAGCCUUCCAAAUAUGGUGUCAUUGUCCACAAGCCUAACCACCCUACGCGUAUCGAUCGCUUCGUUGAGAAGCCUGUCGAGUUCGUCGGUAACCGCAUCAACGCCGGCAUGUACAUUCUCAACACCUCCGUGCUCAAGCGCAUCGAACUGCGCCCUACCUCCAUCGAGCAAGAGACCUUCCCUGCCAUUGUCCGCGACGGCCAGCUCCACAGCUUCGACCUUGAAGGCUUCUGGAUGGAUGUUGGUCAGCCCAAGGAUUUCCUCACCGGUACCUGUCUGUACCUGUCGUCACUCACCAAGAAGGGCUGCAAGGAGCUGGCCCCUGCGUCCGAGUCUUACGUCCACGGCGGCAACGUUCUGAUCGACCCCUCCGCCAAAAUCGGCAAGCACUGCCGUAUUGGUCCCAAUGUCACCAUCGGCCCUGGUGUCGUCAUUGGCGACGGUGUCCGUCUCCAACGCUGCGUCCUGCUAUCUGGUUCCAAGGUCAAGGACCACGCCUGGGUGAAGAGCACCAUUGUCGGCUGGAACAGCACUGUCGGCAAGUGGGCCCGUCUCGAGAACGUCACGGUGCUGGGAGACGAUGUCACCAUUGCUGAUGAGAUUUACGUCAACGGCGGCAGUGUUCUUCCCCACAAGAGCAUCAAGGCCAACGUUGAUGUGCCUGCCAUCAUUAUGUAA